CGGUUGUAAUUAUUACUAUUAUCUAAGAAAAGAUUAAUUUUUUACUAACCAAUCCACCCUUAGAACGAAAUUGAAGAAGUUGAUGAACAAACCACCGUUAUCAACGUCAUAGUGAAUGGGGAGAUGGGCAGCAUACCGUCUCCUCCGCCGUCUAACCUCCUUCUCGCCACCAUCUUCCGUGCUUCCGUACACUUUUCAGUUGCCCUCUCUUUCCUUUUUGUCUUCAGAUCCCACUACUCAAUUUCAUCGUUUCAAACCCUUCUCUUCUCCUUCCUCAUCUUCUGCUGCUCUUUCACAAGAUUUUGAUUAUGGUUUUCGUGAUUUUUCCCACAAUUAUGUAGAGGAUGAUUAUGAAACUGCUAAAAUUACUGUUAAAGCUUAUUUUCUUUCUACAAGUAUCAACUUGAGGAGCAUGCAGGCAGAGAAUGCUGGGAAUGUUGUUCCUCCAACCUCUCGCACCUCAAAUUAUGUGACAUUCAGAUUUUGUAGUCUACCUUCCGAUAUGAUUGGCAUGGGAGUUGAAAACAGUGUUAUCUGCAACCGCUAUAUGGUGGUAUUCCAAUAUGGAUCUGCUGUUCUCUUCAAUGUCGAGGAUCAUGAAAUUGAUUUCUUCUUGAAUAUUGCUAGAAAACAUGCUUCCGGAUUGCUUCCAGAAAUGAGGAAAGAUGACUACAUUGUAAAGGAGAAACGUACACUAACUGAAGAUAUGCAGGGUGGAGCUGACUAUAUAAUUCUUAAGCAUCUUGACACUGAUGGUAUUCGCAUCAUUGGAAGUGUGCUUGGACAAAGCAUUGCUUUAGACUAUUUUGUGUCCCAGGUUGAUGUUAUGGUUGAAGAAUUUGCGGACAUAAAUCGCGGAAUGGAGAAAACUGGAACGUUUACAAUGCGUAGGAAGAAGCUCUUUCAACUAGUUGGCAGAGCAAAUUCAAAUCUAGCCGAUGUCAUCCUUAAAGUUGGUCUUUUUGAUAGAUCGGAAAUCGCUUGGAGGGAAGCAAAAUACGCACAAAUAAAUGAGUAUCUUCGUGAAGAGUACGAAGUCACUCAGCGUUUCGGAAAUCUUGAUAUCAAGCUGAAAUUUGUUGAGCACAACAUCCAUUUUCUGCAAGAAGUCCUGCAGAAUAGGAGAUCAGAUCUUUUAGAGUGGUGCAUCAUCAUCUUGUUGAGUAUCGAGAACGUAAUUUCAGUAUAUGAGAUCAUUCGGGACUCAGCUGCUGGUUCGGUAUGAUCUGCUAGCAGGAGGUGAAAUCUUUUGCGGCACGAAUUUUGCAUUGUGCUAACUCGAUUCUUUAUUUUUUGUAUCUAACCUUAUCAUAUGAAAUAGUACAUUCAGUUACUAGUGCAAUACUAGAUAAUAUGAGUAAGUGUUCUAUUGUGUACAAGUACCUUAGAAUUUCAAUCAUAGAAAUGUACUUCCUAAUUUCUGUAAAUCGAGAACUUUUUGUGUUAUUAUUUUCCAUGAGCCGUUGGGCCAUUGAUGUCCACACUCGUAUUUGUCAUUUGCGUGUCAAGAAUAAAAACCAAAAGAGCAACCAUUAAUGAUUCAUAUCCAGAUUUUCAGGUUCCCACCAGCUUAUCAAAUGGGUUUACAUGAUGUGUGCGAGAACAAAAAUCAAGUACAGAAGUUCGGUUUCAGUGUGAAUUUCUUCCUUAAUGCAUCUGAGAUGUUAAAAGAACAGCUUAACCAGUUCUCGACAAAGGU